ACUCCACUCCACUCCACCACUCUUUCACCGGGGAGAAAAGAUCCAGCCACAGCAACUGUUCCACUCUUCGAGAUCUCGGCUCCGGCAAUGCCUCCAUGGGCGGCCACCCCCGUGCUGCCGCUGCUCCUCCUCGUGCUGCUGCUGCUGCUGGUGGUGCGGGGGAGAGGAGGCCAUGGCGCCAUCACCAUCGGCGGUCUGGACAUGGACAUGGACGUGGGGGUGGAGGCAGCGCAGAUGGGCUCGGAGGCGGCGCACGGCCGGCUGCUGUGGGAGACCGGUGGCGGCAGGAGGUACAUCAGCUACGACGCGCUGCGGGGGGAUGCGGUGCCGUGCUCUAGGCCGGGGGUGCCAUACUACAACUGCCGGGUCAGCACCACCGCUAACCCCUACACCCGCGGCUGCGACUCCAUCACCCGCUGCCGCGACGACGACCCUUCCUAGGUAACCACUGUAAUUGAUUGCCAAGGUUGCUGGAUCCAGAGAACGGCGGAUGCUGCUCGUUUUGUGUGUGUGUGUGUUUUGCUUGCUGGGUCAGAGUAGUAGGUGGAGUAUUUUGCUGGAUCAUAUUGCAUCAAUAAUAUAAUGUGUCCGUGUAUGUAUGUAGCUAAGAAUCGAUUCCAGCUCCAAGGAUAUUAUUACACGGAGUUAAGAACCUGGAUCAUAUGGAGUGUUAUGUUGUAUUAUAGAAACUUCCCUGGUAACAACCAAUUGUAUGGUCAAAUCAUUCCUGUA